GCUGCUGUUUGUCCACGAGUCUGAAUUUGUGCCUCUAUUAAUACAAGUUGUCUGAGGUGAGGUUGUUUUUGUAUAAUGUCUAGAAACACCAUGAGUCGUCGUCUCACGCUGGGUGCGCUGAUCUUGCUGGCAUGUUGUAUGUCUACAGGAGCAGUGACUACAGACAUUUGUGAAGGUCAGCAGGCCACCCUAAACUGUGGGAGUUCCGUGAUUGAAGUGGUCAGUGCUAACUAUGGACGCACAGACCGUUGGACAUGCAGCUCUGGCCGUCCACGACAUCAGAUUCGCAACACCAACUGCAUCCUUUCCACAACUUUCCAUUUGGUGGCUAGCAUGUGCAAUGGACAUACAAGCUGUUCUCUGGAUGCCUCCAACUCUGUGUUCUCUGAUCCCUGUUAUGGAACUUACAAAUUCCUGCAUGUGAUCUACAACUGCGUUGCCCCAAAGACAACAGUGAUCUGUGAAGGUCAGCAGGCUACCCUAAACUGUGGGAGUUCUCACAUCAAAGUGGUCAGUGCCAACUAUGGACGCACAGACAGGGUGACCUGCAUCGCUGGUCGUCCACCAAGUCAGAUUAGCAACACCAACUGCCUCAACCCCACAACCUUAGUGUCGGUGGCUGGCAUGUGCAAUGGACGUACAAGCUGUUCUCUGUCUGCCUCCAACUCUGUGUUCUCUGAUCCCUGUGGUGGAACCUACAAAUACCUGUAUGUGACCUACACCUAUUGUUUUUGUAUAAUGUCUAGAAACACCAUGAGUCGUCGUCUCACGCUGGGUGCGCUGAUCUUGCUGGCAUGUUGUAUGUCUACAGGAGCAGUGACUACAGACAUCUGUGAAGGUCAGCAGGCCACCCUAAACUGUGGGAGUUCUUUGAUUGAAGUGGUCAGUGCUAACUAUGGACGCACAAACCGUCGGACCUGCAGCUCUGGCCGUCCACGACGUCAGAUUCGCAACACCAAAUGCAUCCUUUCCACAACUUUCCAUUUGGUGGCUAGCAGGUGCAAUGGACAGACAAGCUGUUCUCUGUCUGCCUCCAACUCUGUGUUCUCUGAUCCCUGUUGUGGAACCUACAAAUUCCUGCAUGUGAUCUACAACUGCAUUUCCCCAAAAAAGUCGAAAGUGAUCUGUGAAGGUCAGCAGGCUACCGUAAACUGUGGUACUUCUGUGAUUGACGUGGUCAGUGCUAAUUAUGGACGCACAGACCGUGAGACCUGCAGCUCUGGCCGUCCACAACAUCAGAUUCACAACACCAACUGCAUCCUUUCCACAACUUUCCAUUUGGUGGUUAGCAGGUGCAAUGGACAUACAAGCUGUCUGUCUGCCUCCAACUCUGUGUUCUCUGGUCCCUGUUAUGGAACCUACAAAUUCCUGCAUGUGAACUACAACUGCGUUGCCCCAAAGACAACAGUGAUCUGUGAAGGUCAGCAGGCUACCCUAAACUGUGGGAGUUCUCACAUCAAAGUGGUCAGUGCCAACUAUGGACGCACAGACAGGGUGACCUGCAGCCUGGUCGUCCACCAAGUCAGAUUAGCAACACCAACUGCCUCAACCCCACAACCUUAGUGUCGGUGGCUGGCAUGUGCAAUGGACGUACAAGCUGUUCUCUGUCUGCCUCCAACUCUGUGUUCUCUGAUCCCUGUGGUGGAACCUACAAA